AGACUUCUUCAUACAACCAGUGAUAUGGAAAACAAUGAAACCACAAACGCACUUCGGCAAAGAAAACCAGAGACCAUCAAUGGCAGUGUAUCUGAUGUGACCAAAGUGUCUGAGUUUGAAAAAGAUAUGAAGCAGCUACGAGAGCAGGAUCGCCAAGAGCGAACAGACCUAGUGUUGUGGCGUAGACCUAUAUGGACUCUCUUUUAUUUCAUGCUUGAAGCUGGGUGCCUCAUUAAUUUGCUUGGAUUGAGACUAUGGAGGAGAAAGAAAAUUGUUUUCCUUGUGUUAGUGAUAACUGGUAUUCUGUCUGCUCUCUAUUUAACAGAUGGGCCACACCAAACAACAGUAACUCUCAUAAGGAAGAAUCUGCUGUGGUGUGCGUAUUGGGUUGGUCUUGGUAUUUUGUCAUCAGUCGGUCUGGGCACCGGACUCCACACUUUUCUUCUUUACCUGGGUCCUCAUAUAGCAUCAGUGACCCUCGCUGCAUAUGAGUGUAUGUCUGUGGACUUCCCAGAACCACCGUAUCCCAAUGAGAUUGUGUGCCCUGACAAAGAGGAUAAAAGUAUGACUCUGUGGAUCAUUAUGAGUAAAGUCAGACUCGAGGCCAUCAUGUGGGGAGCUGGUACAGCCAUCGGGGAGUUACCACCAUACUUCAUGGCUCGAGCAGCCAGGGUUUCAGGAGCUGACCUAGAUGAUGACGAGUUUGAAGAGAUUGAAGAACUCAUUCAUGAGAAGGCCAUCCAUCCUGAUGACAUGAACUUCAUGGAAAAAGCAAAGCUGUCGGUUCAUAAUCUUGUUCAGAGAGUUGGAUUCUUUGGUAUACUAGCUUGUGCAUCAAUUCCUAACCCAUUGUUUGAUCUAGCUGGCAUCACUUGCGGACAUUUCCUUAUUCCUUUCUGGACCUUCUUUGGUGCAACUCUUAUAGGAAAAGCUGUUAUUAAAAUGCAUAUACAAAAACUAUUUGUUAUAUUUCUAUUUAGCAAAGAACAUGUAGAAUUGCUGGUGUCUUUGUUAGGAAAAGUUCCAUACUUAGGUUUGUCUGCACAAACACCAUUUAGCAACUGGCUAGAAGCCCAGAAGAAGAAAUUGCAUCACAGUACUGGGGCGAAAGUGGUUUCUGAAUCCAAUCUGUUGUCAUGGAUAUUUGAGAAAGUCAUCAUUGUGAUGGUUGUCUAUUUUGUCCUGUCCAUUGUGAAUUCGAUGGCUCAGAACUACCACAAGAGACUGAGCAAGGCACGACGCAUGGUAAUGAGUAUGGAUAAACGCUGUCAGGAAUAGCUCGCUGGCAUUAGUUUCACACAAUUUAUAUUUUAUGUAUAGCCGUUGUAUGCAUGAAGAUAAAUAUUUAUGGAUGUGUAAGUUAAUGGAUGUGCCUUUGAUAGAAAGCAAAAACAUGAUAUUUGUUAAAUGUAUAGCACAGAAUUUAAGAAUGAUGACCGUUGCACAUUUAUUUUAAUUGUGUUUAAUUCUUAAAUGUGAAUGCAGUAUGAUGUGCAUGUGGCUAACACCUAUAUUUAUCAUAACUGAUUAAAUAUACAUAGCUGUUUAGGAAAGUCAUACUAGAUUAAGAGAGAAAUACAUUUUGUAAAUUUGGCCCAUAGUUUAUUUAGUUGAUUGUUUUUGACAGUGAUAAAAAUUUAGGAGAAUUAGUACCACAUAAAUUACAGAUGAGUCUAUUAUAGCUGUUAAUAAUCAAAGCUUUAUUGAUUCAUGUGGAACCAGUUUGAGAAUAUCUUUUUAUUCUUUGCUUAUUAGCAAAUUAAGUUGUGUUGAGUUUUAAGUGAAUUAUAAAAGUCAUGUUACUGGUGAUCAAGAACAGAUCCAGGAUUUCUGAAGGAGAUAGAUAAGAAUAAUAAAAAAAAAAUUUAACAGCUGAGAUCGGCCGGAUUUGUGGCAAAUAAAUUUCAUUCUGAUAAUUUAAAGCAUUGGGGUGUGUUGACAUAAGAUAAGAAACCUUUACAUCUAGCUGAAAUAAAAUGAAAUGAAAUGAAAUUUAAUUUAAUUUCAAAAUGUGUGAUUGAAAAAAAAACCCCAAUAGAUACAGGCACUUGAGUUCAGAUUGUUGGGGUUGUACCAGUAUUUAUCUGGUCAGUUAUGGUGUUGGAUAAAAUAUGUGUCAACACUUAUUGUUUCUUUUGAUGAAUAUCCAUGAUUUUUGAGUAUGCACAAAAAUGUUAAUUCAUAAUGUGUAGCAUGUAAAUAUGACAUAAUGCUGUAUGCUAAUUAUAUUAAUUAUUUUACAGAUGGUAAACCAUAUAUAAAUACUGUGAAAUGAGUUCUAAACAUUCUGUAUGAUAUAAAUUUUAUUUUACAGAUGGUAAACAAUAUAUAUAAAUACUGUGAAAUGAGCUAUAAACAUCCUGUACAAUACAGGUAUUAUUUCACAGAUGAUAAACAGUAUUUGAGUGCUGUGAAAGAAGCUAAGUAUUCGGCUUAAUAUUAAUAUUAUUAUUUCUCAAACAACAAACUGUAAAUUGAAACACUGCAAAGUGAGAUUAUUAUAUAAUAUAAAUAAUAAUGCACUCGGUUUAUUAAUGUAUUGUGAAAUAAAUGUACUGUUCUGUGUAAUAUAUGUUUUACUACAGUAACUAUAUAAAAAUGUGAUGCAUUUUGUUAUUGUACCCAAAAAAAUUAUCUUGUAGUGUAGUAACAUCAACAAGCAAAUUUGAAAACAAGACAGAUAUUGUAGUUAUUUUUUUCCCUAUUUUAAAUUGUUAAACAUUUUUAUUUUUUUAUUUUUAUUAUUAUACAUAUAAUGGUUAAAAAAAAAAAAAAACCUGUAGGCCCUUUUAAUUUACUUUUCAUAGCAAUCAUGUAAAAUAAAUGUGUAUAACUAAAAUUGCAUAUAGUUGGUGUGUUAUUGUGCUGUUACAUUCAAAUUUGAUAUAAACUUGAAAGAACAUUUCAAAUUAGUGAUCUAAAGAGAAUUUCGAGAUUAGUUUAAACUUGAAAGUUUGGACAAGCAAAAGCAACUAAUUCUCUUCUGAAACAUGUCUCUUUAAAGAGUUACAUUAAAAAAAACAAUGUUUUACCAUCUGCCUGACACAUUUAAACAUUCUGUUGUGUUAACUGAUUUACUAUCUAUAACAAAUUUUUAUCUUACCGUAUAUUGCCGUGUAUUAGCCGACUCCUUGUAUAAGCCGACCUCUUAGUUUGACCCUAAAUAUCAAGUACAAAAUCAUCGGCCUCGUGUAUAAGCCGAAGUCAUCUUUUGACCAGUUGUACAUUGUAUUAGUUUCAAUAAUACUGUCAACAGGUAGACUUGUGCUUUUCUUUUUCAUUGUAUUUUUUCCCCUUUAAUUAUUACAGACACAGUAAUCGUCAUCUCAAUGCUAACGUCUUCCAUGCUGUGCAAAAAUAAUUUAGCACCGAUAAAUCAUAACAGGAAAAUAAACAAUUCAAGCUGUAACAACAUAUCAUUGCACAUAAGUAAUUAAAUUAUUCACUGGACAGCAAAUAAUAAACUCAUUACGGCAUGUUUAAUCCCUGUUUUCCCCUCCACACAAAAAAACUAUUCUGUGGUCCAUGGCUGUUGUUUACACAAAAUUGUGUAAUCCAAUCAAAUAAGAGCUUACAAAAUGAUAUAAACAGAGGUAUCAAACAAAGAUGGCGGAACACGUUUUUACCAUUGAAAUGACAAUAAAACAAGUAAUUAUUAUUAUUAUUCAUCAAAUAUUAAUGCAUUCAAGAACAAAAAACUACAUAAUAUUGCAUGACGGGGUGUAUUAUUUAUAUUGUGCACAAAUUAUUGUUACAUAAGCUGUGAAAGGCUCUAAGGGUCUAAUCAAAAUUUGUUAGUUGGGGUCGGGAGUGUUUUCGAUCGGAAUUUUAUAAACCAAUUUGUUGCCUCCGUGUAUAAGCCGACUCUCUUCUUUUGGAAAGUAUUUCUACACUUCAAAAGUCGGCUAAUACACAGCAAUAUACGGUAUAUAAUACACUUAACUUAAAAAAUUGUGGAUUUUUCUGUUAAAAUAUUCUUGAAAUUAAAAUAUAAUAAUGUUUUUGGAAGACAUAAUUUAAUGGUACCCAUUUUUGUUGUUAUUAAGGCAUGUUGGCUAAUUUAUAACAGAAAAAACAUUACACAUCUCUGAUUGUUCAUGAAUAUGUCUUUUACUUUAAUUAGCACUGUUUCGAUUGUUUUGAAUUCCAAUGGAUGUGUCUUGUAUUUAGCUGUAACUGAUUAAGACUUUAGAAUACAUCUCCGACAUAUUUUGUUCUUUCUUUUUGCAUGCUGCAUAGUUUCCUCAACAAUGACAGGUAGAGUUCAAUGUCAUAUUAGUGUAAUAUUGCUUUUUGUACACAUAUCAUGUUUCAUACAGAGUUUAGUCCCCUACCGGUCCAAUGGAGUGAACUGUAGCUUUCAUCUCCGUCCUUCUGUCUGUCUGUCUGUCUGUCUUUAUCAUAUACUGUAACAGAUCAAAUUUAACAUUCAUGGUGAUUUAACCAUUUUCGACAGAGUUAUGGCCCUUGAAAUUAGAAGACGCUAAAGUUUGUUUUAUGGGCUUUUAUUUUGCAGUGCCUCAAGAUAUUGAGCUGAAAUUUUGUAUAUAGCUUUAUCAUUUACUGGUACCCAUUUUUUUUUUUACAGAGUUAUGGCCCUUGAACUUAGGAGAUAGGAAAAUGCGUUUGGCUUGGUAGGGGACAUGUAUUGCUUUAGCAGUACUCUCAGAAUGCUUAUUUUUCUGUCCAGUUUUUAAUAACAAUGAAAGGGUAGAAUUAUUGUUUAAAGUGUCUUAUUUUUUUUGUUUUUUCUAUUGUCCUGCUUUGUGUUGAUGAGUCCCAUUUAUAUAUCCACCUGUUUGGUCCUAUGCAGACUUUUAGUUUAUUCAGUUUCACAUAACAGAUUUUUAAUUACAAUUUCUUAAAGUCUUAGGUCCAUAUUUUAAUAGAGAAAUUUGUGUCACAAGCUUUACUGUUAUAUCCUCAAUCAUUCAAUUCAGGGACGAGAUUCAGGGUUUCUGCCAGAGGGUAAAACGGGUAUGGCGCCAUUCCCAAAUAUUUUGCAGAUUUUUUCCUUUUUAAAUUAACCUUUUGACAUAAUUAAUGACUUUAUCUUUUAUCAUUACUG